CAAGCUGCGCAAGCGCCAGAACCGGCUUAGCGUUCGGGUGGACCCCGUCCGGGCCCUGCAGCAGGCCAUCCAUGGGAACGCGAUCGAAAAGCAACGACAUCGCAUCUUUGCUCUCUACACUACCUAUCAGCCCUUUUCCGAAGCUCGGUCGAAAACAACAUACAUUUACGUAGCGUCGCACACCGAGUAACGGAGGGACAAUCCCGUCGAUCUCAGCGACGCCCGGCUUAUCCGGCAUAUUCUCGAGAGAAAACGGUAGAGGAGGAGAAAAAAAAGUUAACUGAGGAAGAAGAAUAAAUAUGGCUUCGACGAAGAAGGACAUGCGACGGCAGGACCUGGUCGUCCCGUACCAGGAGCCCGGGCCGAAGGCAGGCGACAACGCCGAGUUCUCGUCGACGCUAUCGUCAACAUUACCCAUGGCCGCCAUCUUCACGCGCAACCGGUACAUCGGCUGGGCGUCGGUCGUCAUCAGCAUCCAGAGCUGGCUAGGCGAGGGCGAGGACGCGAGCAAGAGCAGCAGCGCCACGCCCGGCUACUUCACCGUUGGCAUGUCCCUAAUGGCCCUCGCCGUAACCUACCUCCCUCUCUUCCUCCCCCAGCCACCAGGCCAGCGCGCCACCGGCACCGAAGCCGCAGCUCCUGUCCCUCAAUGAAGCAUCGAAGUACCAAAAAUAGCAUAAUUGUAUGUGUAAGAGUAGCCAGGUGGGCAAAAAAAAGAAAAGAUUCUAAUAACCGAGUGUGCGUGUACGUUGUUGGAGUCAAAUAGACGACGAAUAAUGGAAAAUAACUGAUGAGUCAACCCCCCUUGAAACUACUACACCUGGGGGAUCCGAGCCUUGUACAUAUAAUGCACAUAAAAAAAAUCAUCAUAAAGUGAUAACACCAGU